UAGUAUUAAUCUUAGCAAUUAAUACAAUUUUCAGAAUCAUAACAAUAUUUACAAUUUGGCAUACAUUAAGUACAUUAGCCUAAUUCAUUCAUAUAAUAAUAAUCAGAGCAUGUUAGGCAUGUAUUAGCAUCCAAACAAGUUAAACAAGGAACUUUACAUUUAAAACAUGUAGUAUUUUACAAAUAAUAUUCAUCCUUACAUUAUGUGCAUUCAGUAAUGGAAUUACAUUUUGUGCAAACCUUAUUACAUUAUGUACAUUAAAAACCAGACAAAUAAUAACCAUUAUCACAUUUACAUUUACCAUUAAAUAUGGAUUGUUUAUCAUCAUAACAAGAUGUGCAAUAAUCAUAAUUGAUUUAACAAGUCACACAUGGAAGUUAACAUUUUGAACAUUUCAUCUAAGAAUCUGUGUAAUAGCCAUAUUUACAAAAACAACUAUUUUAGAUAAAAUCGUGAUUGAGAUCAGAACAUUUUAAACAACUAUCAGAUUCACCAA